AUGGCUUUCCUCACGGGUCUUCCAGUGGGAAUUCCCCCACUACAAUGGCUCGUCCUAGGACUGUCCUUACCUCUCGUGAUUGCGUACUUCUUCGGCGAUCGAAUUGUCACGUUUUACCUCAAUUCUAUAUACAUCGCCAUGUCCCCUGUCAAACCCGUCAACGGGGACAAGCAGCAGAUGCCCGGUCCUAAAUAUGUUCUGCCGCAAGGCCAGGCAAGGGAAAAGAUCAUUGCCCCCUCUCAGAUGAGCGCCAAAUGGCGUUCAGAAUACGGAUCUAUCUAUCGAGUCUGGAACGGCGCGUGGCCUGAAAUCGUCAUCACUGACCCCAAAGACGUCGAGGCUUGGUUUUCCGGAAAAGGAGAGCACAGCAAGUUCUCCUAUGAGCCAUCUGGGGCGCUGUUUAAUUAUGCCAUGGGUCACGCUGUCGGGCUGAUCAACGGCCAUGAUUGGAAAGUUUUGCGCAAAUUGCUAGAUCCCUACGUCAACUUCUCGAACUCGGCAAAGCUUACCCCAAUGGUCUUCCAGCGGGCUAUCGAGCAUGUGCAGGCACUGCCCGCACAAACCCUGGAUCCAACUAAGGAAAAGACAGUCGUUAAUGCGUACCGGGCUGUACAGGCGUACCCGUUUUUCACCCAAAUGGAGACUUUCUAUGGACCCCUGACUGAUGCCCAGAAGGAAGAAGUCUGGGCAAUUGGCCAAAUCUUCCUUACCCUCUCUACCUGGACUGUGGAGCAAGGCCUCACACGCAGCCGAAUCUUGAAGUAUAUGUACUCGUGGGACUCAUGGAAACUGAUUCGGGAAUUCGAUCGCCGGUGGCGAACAUUUAACCGGGAUAUCGUCAAGCAGAAGGCAACAGAAACCGAUCUGCCGAUUAUCAGGCUGUGGAAGAACAUCCAAGAUGGUGAGAUGACGGAGGACCAGCUUAUUCAUACCUUCACCGAGUCGAUCUUUGCGAACCUGGAUGUUACAACUUCUGUCAUUACGGGUUGUAUUCUGCAUAUUGCUGAGGAUAAACGAAUUCAGAAGAAACUGCAACAGGAAAUCGAUGACAACAAGGAUAAUCUCGCCGAUUAUGUCAAGCGACAGGAUACUUUCAUGCACUGGUGUUUCCUUGAGUCGAUCCGACUGGAGCCGAUUCCUGCCUUUUCCCUUGCUGGUCGUUGUACUGCAGACAAAGUGCUAGGAGGGUAUCACGUUCCCGCCAAUACAAGCGUUGUCAUCGACGCACACUCCAUCAAUAUCCGUAACCCAUACUGGGGUCCCGACACGAAGGAAUACCGACCGGAGCGCUUCGACGGUCUCAAUCCGAGGGACUUGAAGUACAACUUGUCGACUUUCGGAUACGGCUCCCGCAAGUGUCUGGGUGUGCAUCUGGGUGGAAAGAUGGUUCGUGGUAUCUUGACUGCAUUGUUCGGAAAGUAUGACGUGGAUCUGGAGGGCCAGACCAAGGAUGGGGAUGGCCAGUUUAAGACGGAUCAGUCGAGCUUCUUUGCCUUGUAUGUUGCUAAUGUCGAGAUGAAGCCGAGGAACCUGUGA